AUGUCUAAUUUAGAAUUAGAUCCAAAUGUAAUACAUCCGUUUGUAAGAAUUCAUAUAGUUUAUAUUAAGACUGGAACAUAUAUUAAGAAAUCAAGAAAAGAUCGAAAUUGUCUUUCUCAUUAUGAAACAAUAACAAUAUUUGAUGACAUAAAUAAAGAAUAUAAUGCUGCAGAAUGUGAUUUUAUUAUACCUUUUUCUACUAGUUGUGUUGAUUUAAGAGAAGAAGGUGGGGCUAAAGUUAGAUGGAAUGAAAGUAAAAGAAUGAGAGAACCAAAUAAAGCUUGUGAAAUCCCGACUAAAUUAAUGACUAAAUUUAUAUCAGGUGAUUUAGGAUGCUUGAGAUUAUGUUUUAGUCCUAAUGGUAAAAUAUUAGCAGCUUCUUGUACGAACAUUUAAAGUGAAACAUGUAUUAAAUUUUUUGAUGUGGAUGAUUCUUUUAAUCUUAUAUAUUAAUAUAGAGGUCAUGCUAACUUAAUUCAUGAUAUGGAUUGGAUAACUAUCAAUAGAGAUUUUUCUAUUUUGUCUACUGCAUCUUCUGAUUUUACAAAUAAAUUAUGGAAAGUCCCAACUCAUAAUUAAACAGAUGAAUUUAUUGAUGAAGAUGAAAGUGAAGAAUAUUUUUAAGUUGCUAAUUUGGUACAUUCUUCAUAUGUUUAUUGUACGAAAUUUUAUCCUUUAAGAAAAGAAGGUAAUCGUAUUAUUUUAGUUACUGGAUGUUUUGAUUCUUAUAUUCGUAUAUGGUAGUUCCAUUAAGAAUCUUUAAAUUAAAAUAAUAUGUAAUGCAGAUGGAAAAUAUUAAUAAGUGAAAAAGAUAAUUAAUUUGAUUAAUUUGAUAAUUUGUUAGAACAUAGACAUCCCAAUUCUAUAGAAUUCGAUUCUUAAGCUUAAAUGUUUAUCGGAGAUUCUUUAGGACUUAUACAUAUAUUUGCAGUUACGACAAUAAUAGAUGAGCCUAGACAUAUAAGAAAAAUAAGAAUUAUACAUGAUCCAUAAUUAAUAGGAGAUCCAAUAAAUAAAAUACAUUUUAUAGAAAAAAAAAAUUAUUUAAUUGUUCAUAGUAGAAAUAAUUGCAUAAGAAAUGUACAAAUUACAUAAAAUGGUCAUAUUAUUAAAACUAAAUUUAUUGGUGCAUUUUCUUCUAAAUUUCCUGUUCAUUCUUGCAUUUCACCUGAUAAAGCAUGGUUUUUUACUGGAUCUGAAGAUGGUAAACCUCAUUUAUGGGAUAUUGAAGGAAUGAAAUUUGAACUUGAUUAAUUAGAAUAUAAUAUUGAUGGUGUUGUUUCUGAUGUUAGUUGGAAUAAUACUUUUCAUAUGAUUGCUGUUGCUGGGUUUGGAAAAGAUCAUCCUAUUAGUAUUUAUAUCUAUGAAAAAGAAUAAGAUAUGAAUGCUGCUUAGUAUAAAGAUUUAAGAGAUAAAUUAGAAGAAUAAGAGAAAAAAAGAAUGUAACUUGAUAUUGAUGAAUAAAAUGAAAAAGAUCCAUAUGAUCCUAAAUAUUAUUAUUAAAAAAAGGUAUGA